UUCAUGUCAUCAGUUGUCGAAACUCGAUACAAAAGCCCACCGGAGUGUAAGUUAAGCAGCGCACCACCAGAGUCUCCAUCAUUCUACCAAAGAUUGGUAGAGUCGAUCAGACCUCUGAUUAUUAUCUCAAUGAUAGUUGUAAAGGGCGUACCAUCGGCUGUCUUCUAUCAAUUAACGAACCCUUCCCUUGGUUUCUUCAAUCCAUUCAAAUGGUUCGACUUAAUCCACAAGCUUGGUUUCGCAAAGAUACUCGCAUACGGUGAUGAGAUCUGGGGUGGCUAUAAGCGUCCACUUGUAGAACAAGCUAAUGGAAAGAUACUCGAAAUUGGUGCUGGUUCAGGUGAAAACUUAAAGUAUUACAACAAGGACAAUGUUGAGACACUCUACGCGCUCGAACCUGAAAAAAGUUUAAGUACAAUGUUGGCAGAAAACAUAGUAAAACAUGGUUUUGCUGAGAAGUCACUACUCAUCCCAGUUGGUAUUGAUGAUAAAGACAAGUUGGCAGCAUUUGGUGUAUCUGAGAACACAUUUGACACUAUCGUAUUGGUACAGGUUUGCUGUUCACUUCCUAACGCAUCGGCACAUUUCAAAUAUCUCCAAUCAUUACUCAAACCAGGUGGAAAACUAGUCAUGUUCGAGCACGUCGCUUCUACAGAUCCUCUCACAAGGAUCUUGCAAAACCUUUACACUACUGUAAUCUGGAAAAAAGCUGCACUUGGUUGUGAGCUCAAUCGCGCUUCUGGAAUCUGGAUGAAAGAACUCGGGGGUUGGGAACACGUUGAUCUUCUCCGCCCGGAGGCUGAAAAUUCUGGAACACUUCUCCCACAUGAUAUUGGUGUAUUCACAAAGGCCUCCUACGCUAACGUCGCACAUGAUUAAUAAUGUUAUGCGAAAAUAUAAAAAAAAACUUGUACAUGCCAUAUUAUUACACUUUAACUGGA